UUCCCCAUAUUUUGCUCUCUUUUACAUGUCCUUCCAUUCUUCAUCCAACAAAUUACGCGACCGAGAUUUGACCAUGUUGUCGUUGCCAGCACCCCGACUGCACUCGGUGAAGACUUCUCGGUCACGACAACAGUCCCCCAUCAUAUAUUUACUCGUCGCCGUAGGCCUCUUUUUCUUUGUCCUGCACAACCAAUAUGGGAACCAAGCCGUUGUCGAGAUCGUCGCCGACACCAGCUCACUCGACACCGAGAGCCCUGUUACGUCGACUCCAGCGAAGCCCAAGAGCACAAAGAAGCCAAAGUACAAACCACCGCCAACAUGGACUCCGCCUCCGAUCACAGAUCCUUUCCCACUGCUGUCGUCCGGGAUGCCGCCUCCAGUUCCCGCUUGGAACAAGCCUGCGAAGCCCAACGUCUGUUUCAACUACUCCCUGUCCACGCCGCCUCCGUUACUCAUUGGUUUCACGCGGAGUUGGCCGUUGCUGCUCCAGACGGUUGUUGGAUACAUAACGGCCGGGUGGCCGGCGGACCAGAUAUACGUUGUGGAGAACACGGGGGUGCAUGACGCAAACGCCAGAGAUCGGCUAUCGCUGCAGAACCCCCUUUAUCUCAACUACACUCAGCUGCACAUGCUGGGCGUCCAUGUCAUGCGCACGCCGGUUUUGAUGAGUUUUGCUCAGCUGCAGAACUACUUCGUCACCGUGGCAAAGGAGAAGCCGUGGUCGUACUACUUCUGGAGUCAUAUGGAUGCGUUUGUUAUGUCGUACGAAGAGGGCAUGGAGGGAAUCUCGGGACCGGUCAACACGCCCGACUACCAGACUAUUUACGAACUGGCCGUCAAAGAGCUGAACCACACCAUGCGAUCCGACCACAAAUGGGGAGCCCGGUUCUUCGCCUACGACCACCUGACGCUGGUCAACCCGCGAGCGUACGGGGCCGUCGGCGGCUUCGACACAUUCAUCCCGUACUAUAUGACGGACUGUGACAUGCAUUGGCGACUCGAGGAAGCGGGGUGGAGCGUCAAGGAGUCGCGGGCAGGCAUAAUCCAAGACGUCGCGUCGGUUCUCGACGACUUGCGCGUUCUGUACCGAGAGGGAGAAAUUCCUGAGGGAUUCGGCUACACGGACCCAAACCCACCGCCACCGAACGAAGACACGGUCACGAGAAGGAAAAGCAAACGAAGCCUGCCCGUCCCCGAACUCGACAUCUCCGGGGCCCCCAUCGACCCACCCACGGAGAGCUCCGGGGAGCAGUCUGCGGGGACCGUCGAUCCCUUGGUGUCUUUCCGAGCCCUUUACCGCAUCGCCCAAGACAUGUUCAACCACAAGCACGCGGACCGGGAAAGGAACACCUGGCAACUGGGACAAAGGGGAGGAGACUACGAGCCGUACUUUUACGACCCCCUUGGGUUUCAAGAAGCCAUAGACAUCAUGACCGAGGCAGGUAGAGAAGUCUUUCGUAGAAAAUGGGGGCAUCGCGAUUGCGAUUUUGGCGCAGCAGGGUUACAACCCAGCGACGCUUGGAGGGUGGAGAAGGACUGGGAAACAUAAAACUCAAUCGGCGAGAAGCUCGGCAUACAGGGUAAUGAGCUGUAAUAAGGACAAUCUUAUUGGCAUUCCUCCGCGCGACCAACCAACCAUGUCUUGUUUAUGUAGUCAGCCAUGCGAAAGGGCGAUUACUUUCUUACUAAUCGCCACCCCUUGGGUCCUACAUCGCACCAGGUAUGCAUUCCAUUUGAUGACUGCAGCCCCCUACACCGUCCCAGAAUGCCAUAUAACGUUGGAACGAGAGACAUGGAAAGAUCGAAUAGUGCGGUUAGUGCCUUACAGGAUCGGAGGAGUAACGUACGUGGGAAUUCUACUAUGGUACCAGGCCGAAAUAAAAUACCCUGUUAGGUAUCUUACUCUAACACUCACCACUCUACUUAUUUCAGUAGCG